CAAGAAAUUACAUUGUUUCGGAGCAUUGUUGUUUUCUGUUUUGCAAAAAUUUCAACUUUGAAUUAAAAUACUCAAUUUGAUAAUUAAAUAAAAUUAAUUAAUUAAAAUCAUAAUGGACAGAGAAUAUCAAUGCCCGACAUGCGGAAAGAAAUAUUUUAAUAAAUAUCGUUUGCAAACACACAUCCGAAUUCACAAGUGUGAAAGGCCGUUUAAGUGCAAUUUGUGUGAAAAAAGCUUUUCGGAUAAGAGAAAUUUGACAAGGCAUAUGAUGGUACAUUCGGAUGAAAAGCCAUUCAAGUGCAAUUAUAAUGGCUGUAAAAAGAACUUUAAACGAAAUAAGGACUUGGAACGACACAUGUACGGAUCGCAUCUUGAUGAGAUUUUGUCUAAAAUUCCACCAAACGACCCGAGGAUUAUAAGACGUAAAUGUAAUUUUUGCCUAAAAGUUUGUCCAACUCCCUCUGAGUUAACACGUCACUUGAGAACUCACACUGGACAGCGGCCAUUUACUUGCAAUUUUUGCAACUACACUUUCACUACUAAAGGUAAUUUAUACAGACACAUCAGAAGGAUGCAUUCGAAAGAAGAAACUCCAUCUUGCCCCGAAAAAAGUACACAAAACGUUCAACGAGAGCAGGAUGAAUCGUUUGAACAACCAUCAGCAAGUUUUCAAAGACCACAGUCAAUAGAAUUUGAAGAAAUUCCAUCAGAAGAGAAUCUUUUUACCUUGAAAGAAUGUGAAGAAUUUCUUGAAAAUGUUAACGUCGAUUUAGAAAUUAUUAAAUUGGAAGGUUCCUCAGAAGUGACAUUCUUCCCAGAAAUGGACGUAGAAGAAAUUCAAUUGCAAUGUCCGUUCUGUGGUGAACAAUUUUUCGACGACGUUUCGCUUGAAGAACACGAAAGAAACUUUCAUCCGUCUGACAAAAGUACACAAAACGUUCAACGAGAGCAGGAUGAAUCGUUUGAACAACCAUCAGCAAGUUUUCAAAGACCACAGUCAAUAGAAUUUGAAGAAAUUCCAUCAGAAGAGAAUCUUUUUACCUUGAAAGAAUGUGAAGAAUUUCUUGAAAAUAACCGAAAACAUCAAUGCCCGAAGUGCGUGAAAAAGUUUUCUUAUAAAAGUAAUUUGGAAAGACACAUUCGAACUCAUACGGGCGAAAGGCCGUUUAAAUGCAAUUUAUGCGAUAAAACCUUUUCGGAUAAGAGCAAUUUGGUACAACAUAUGAAAGUGCAUUCGGAUGAAAAGCCGUUCAAAUGCGAAUACAAGGGCUGUGAAGAGCGUUUUAAACGAAAAUUCGAGUUAAAACGACACACGUACAGAUGGCAUCCUGACGAGAUUUUAUCUAAAAAAUUUCAAGAAAAAGUAUUUAAACAACAAAUUCCUUUGAAGACAUUUUCUAAUGAAACACCGUCUGCACCAGUAAAGACAAAUAAUGACAACAACGACGAUAAACAAUGUCACGCACCCGACAAAGACGAUAAUCCUGAAUCGUCUGUAAUAGUAUUUCAAUGUCAUUUGUGUUCCUUCAGCACUCGCUCGAAUGAGAAAUGGCUAAAACAUAAGCAGUGUCAUAUGGAAGAAAUUCCUUCCACUUCAACGGAAUCUCAAGAAAGACAGAACGAAGUACAAGCCGCCAACGCACUGCUAUUAUUAAGAGAAGGAGGAUUGAGAAGAACAUUGGAAAUGUUUGAGGCUGACAAACUGCCCUUUCAUUCAGAUAAACAUUCCUCUGAACAAGAAAGUACACAAGACGUUCAACGAGAGCAAAAAGUAUCGUUUGAACAACCAUCAACAAGUUUUCAAAGACCACAGUCAAUAGAAUUUGAAAACAUUUCAUCAGACAAGAAUCUUUUUACUUCAAAAGAAAGUGAACAAUUACUUGAAAACGUUGACGUCAAUUUAGAAACUAUUCAAUUGGAAUUAUCGUCGCCACUGGAAUUCUUUCCAGAAAUACACGUUGAAGAAACAUAUCUGGAAUGUCCUUUCUGUCGUAAACGAUUUUUGGACGAAGUUUCCCUAAAAGAACACGAAAGAAACUUUCAUUCAAAACAUCCAUGCCCGACAUGUGGGAAGACAUUUCUUCGUGAAAGUCAUUUGCAAGUACACAUGCGAAUUCACACGAAUGAAAGGCCGUAUGAAUGCAAUUUGUGCGAAAAAAGCUUUACGCAGAAGGGUCAUUUAACAAGGCACAUGAAAGUGCACUCGGAUGAAAAGCCGUUCAAGUGAAAUUACAAUGGCUGUGAAGAAAGCUUUACACGGAAAGAAUACUUU